CAUUUGAUUGUCAUAUGAAUUUCAAAUUACUUAAAAAUACAGCAUCGACGAAAACAUUAUAUUAGGAUGAAUCAAGGAAUUAUGGGUAAAAGUAUUUGCCGCAUUUUCUGACCAGCGGAUUAUGAUUCUAAAACAAAAUGGCGGCCGAAGGUGAUAAAGCUUUUUCAUCGUUUAUGACYGAAGUGAAACAAAUAGAAAAGGAUGACUCUGUAUGGACAGGACCAAAACARAUAGAAAGACUAACAAAACCUGGUACUAAAUAUCUUAAUCUUAAUCCCUAUGAGGUUCUUCAACUACUUCCUGAUUCAUCUGAAGAAGACCUUAAAAAACAAUACAGAAAGCUGUCUUUUUUAGUCCAUCCUGACAAGAACAGACAUGAUAUAGACAGAGCACAGAAAGCUUUUGAUGCUGUUAGUAAUGCCUACAAAACUGUUCAAGAUCCAGAAAAAUUAAAAAGAGUAAAAGAAAUAUUGGAUGAAGCAAAUGCAUUAGUCAAAGAAAAGUUAAAAGAAAAGAGAAAGCAAGCCAAAGCAAAAGGAGAUGAAACAAUCGAAGAAGAUGAUCCUAUAAAAUUCAAAAAGUUUCACCAUGCAGAGACUGUUAAACUGUUUGCAGACCAUGAGAUUAAGAGAGUUGCAAGAGAAAAUAAAGAAGCAGAAUUAAGGUACUGUCAUUAUAUAUUGAACUACCUGCACUUGACGGCAGAGUUAAGGUACUGUCAUUAUAUAUUGAACUACCUGCACUUGACGGCAGAGUUAAGGUACUGUGAGAGUAGAAAUGAGCGUGUUGACAGCUGGAGAAACUUCAACUCUGACAAGAAGUCCAAGAAAAAGAAAGUUAAAGCAAGAAAGGAGUUUCGACCUCCAUCCCUGAAACCAGAGAAGCGCUGACACUUUUUUUAACUCAUAUUUCUUGUACAAGAAAAUCUGACAUCCGUUCUGUCCCAGACCGAAAUAUCACAAGAAGACCUGUCUAUAACAAGAACAUUUUCCAUUGGAAAAUCACAAAGUUAAUUUAUAAAUAACUUUGCUUUUCAAAUGACCUUCAUUAUUGUACCUAGACCCAGUACUCAAACAAUAUUUUUAGCUGAUAG